CGCCUCUAAACCACAGACCUAUGGCUUGAUUAUUUUUUUUUGUUGUGGUUGUAUUUUGUUAUACUAGUGAUGUUACGGAGAGGGCGGGCAAUGCUGCCUUUCUUCUUAAUGGCCUGGGUCUUGGGGCUCACACAAGCUCUUGCCACAGCUCAUGAUCGCCUGCAGGAUGAAGCGGCUGCAAAUUCCAUGUCAGGAACAGGAAACUUGGAUCGUGGAGGGAACUUGAGCUUAGCUACUGAUUUAGCCAUUCCUUCUGCUGAUGAUCUUUUGUCUGAACAUGAUUACUUUUCAACAAAUAGAAAAGGUGAACUUUCUGAGAUUGCCACUGUUGAUCUGCAGAAUAACCAGCCGUCUCAUGAUCAUGUGUUUGCUGAGACUGAAUCUGAUGCUGCAAACCAUGGGCUUUUUGAUUUCAGCCAGCAUUAUAGGUAUGAUGAGGAUGCACUUGAACAGCCUAUCUUUUCCAGUCCAGAUAGUGAUGACUUCAAUUCUGAUCUGACCAAGUAUGUUGUCCCUUUUGUUGCUGAUGAAUACCCUAUGGCUUCAGAAUCUGAAGGCGAUGUGGAACAUGCGCUCUUUACUGACUUGAAUAAUGACCCUGAUGUUGACUUCCCAGAAGUCUUUGCAUAUGCUGAUUUAGUUACUUCACCUAAAGAGAAUGUGUCCAAUACACUUGUGACAGAAAUGGGUAUAGGUGAACUUGGCAAUGAAGAGUUUGACUCUGACAACUAUACAUCUGGUACCUACUCUGAAACCCUAGGCUAUGAUUUUGCCUUGUUUUUAGAUCUUGAAAAGGAAGGUAAUGAUUCUUUGCCUCCUGAAGAUGUAGUUAAUGGUGACCUUCCUGGCAUGCAUGCUUCUUUUGACUGCUCUGUGCUUACUGAUAUAAAUCGGGAGUUGUAUGAAGCUCUUUCUCCAGCUUUCAAGAUUGCCAGUGCACGCAACUCUCCUGAUCUCUCCGGAGGUCACAUGUUGCCAAGCAGUGUCUAUGAUGCCUCUAUAGGACCCUACGGUGUCUUCAAUCUACCUAUUAAGAACCCAGGAAACCCUUCUCACCAUAGCACAGUGGCACCGGCAGAUAAAUCAACAAGUGAAGGAGGGCUGACCACCGUGGUUUCGGCAACUACAUGCGGUAUCACAGACAUGACCAUCAAAUUGUUUGGUGGAAGGUUGACAGACCUCAAAUUGCGAGUCGCCAUUAUACUUGUUGAAGUCAGCAAGAUUGCUCGGAGAUGCAGGUACACAGUGUUGGAGAAAAAAGGAAUUGUCAUCUUUACAACUGCCUUCAAAGGUUGCAAUGUGAAGGCACGGGGUGGGCAAUAUGUCUUGACCCUGAUGUGGAGAAACCACUAUGUGCAUAUGUCCUGUCCAGUUCCCACACCUGAUAGACCUAUUACAAUCUGUGGUAAGAGUAGCAUGACCAUCACACUCCCAGCAGGACCAGUAGAAGCACUUCGUGUAAAAAAUAAAUUCAACAAAUGGGUAUCCAUUUACGAAGUUGCUGUUAAAUGCAAAUAUCAACUGUUGAGUGAUUCAGAGGGAAGGAUCACUUUCACUACUUCAUACAAUGGAUGUCACGUGAGGAGAUCGGUGGGUCGUUAUUUCUAUAACAUCUACUAUCAAAUGGCUCCAGGGAAGCUAGGACAGGCACUCAUGUCUUGUAGGACAGGAAUUAAUGUUACAGUCCCACCUGAAGAGUCCUUGCCAUCAGUGUUUUGUGCCAAGUCUGGCAUGAUGAUCAAAUUGCCUAAGGGAAGUCUUAACGCAGUCAAAGUGAGAGAUGGGUCUGGCAAGACAAUACCUGUGGAUAGUGUUGCCAAGAACUGCAAUUAUCAACUCUUUCAAAUGAAGACUGGACACAUCAUCUUGAUUGCUUCCUUCCAAAGCUGUCAAAUUGCAUUUGUGAAUGGAAACUAUGUCCUGGCCAUUAUCUAUACAACUUACUCUGGAGACUUUGCAUCAGUGCAGAUAGAAUGCCCUACCAGUGGAGAACCAACAAAACCCCCUCCCUCUACAAAACCCAUUCCUCCAACUCCUGUCUGCGGAGCUUCCAGCAUGAUGGUGGAGCUGCCUGAGGGACCUCUGGAACAAGUCAAGAUAAUGAAUGACUCUAAUGGGCUAUGGGUAGCUGUCAAGGAUGUCCCAAAGAACUGCAACUACACACUGAUGAAGGAAAGAGGAAGAAACCUCUUUAUAACCUCCUACAAGGCCUGUCAUGUGUGGAUACUGGAUGGAAAUUACAUCUUGACCUUGCUCUACACAACCACUGCUGGUAAACGAGGGUAUGUGCACAUGAGAUGUCCAACAAUGGCCCCUACAGCCACUAAUACGAAUCUAACAAAGACUACCAGAACCAGUGCUGGGGAAUCAAACAGGAGAGCUAGAAGAAAUGCUGGGGAUGAAACCAAGACCAUGCGUUGUCUCUGCGGGGAUGCAACCAGGACAACACGAAGGGGCUCUGGGGAUGCAACCAGGACGACGAGAAGAGGCUCUGGGGAUGCAACCAGGACGACGAGAAGAGGCUCUGGGGAUGCAACCAAGACGACACGCACUCCUGGGAAUGCAACCAGGACAACACGAAGAGGCUCUGGGGAUGCAACCAGGACGACGCGCAGGGGUUCUGGGGAUGCAACCAGGACGACGAGAAGAGGCUCUGGGGAUGCAACCAAGACGACACGCACUCCUGGGAAUGCAACCAGGACAACACGAAGAGGCUCUGGGGAUGCAACCAGGACGACACGAAGGGGCUCUGGGGGUGCAACCAGGACAACACGAAGGGGCUCUGGGGGUGCAACCAGGACAACACGAAGGGGCUCUGGGGGUGCAACCAGGACAACACGAAGGGGCUCUGGGGAUGCAACCAAGACGACACGCACUCCUGGGAAUGCAACCAGGACAACACGAAGAGGCUCUGGGGAUGCAACCAGAACAACACGAAGAGGCUCUGGGGAUGCAACCAGGACAACACGAAGGGGCUCUGGGGGUGCAACCAGGACAACACGAAGGGGCUCUGGGGGUGCAACCAGGACAACACGAAGGGGCUCUGGGGGUGCAACCAGGACAACACGAAGAGGCUCUGGGGAUGCAACCAAGACGACACGCACUCCUGGGAAUGCAACCAGGACAACACGAAGGGGCUCUGGGGGUGCAACCAGGACAACACGAAGGGGCUCUGGGGGUGCAACCAGGACAACACGAAGGGGCUCUGGGGGUGCAACCAGGACAACACGAAGGGGCUCUGGGGGUGCAACCAGGACAACACGAAGGGGCUCUGGGGGUGCAACCAGGACAACACGAAGGGGCUCUGGGGAUGCAACCAAGACGACACGCACUCCUGGGAAUGCAACCAGGACAACACGAAGAGGCUCUGGGGAUGCAACCAGGACAACACGAAGGGGCUCUGGGGGUGCAACCAGGACAACACGAAGGGGCUCUGGGGGUGCAACCAGGACAACACGAAGGGGCUCUGGGGGUGCAACCAGGACAACACGAAGGGGCUCUGGGGGUGCAACCAGGACAACACGAAGGGGCUCUGGGGGUGCAACCAGGACAACACGAAGGGGCUCUGGGGGUGCAACCAAGACGACACGCACUCCUGGGAAUGCAACCAGGACAACACGAAGAGGCUCUGGGGAUGCAACCAGAACAACACGAAGAGGCUCUGGGGAUGAAACCAGAACAACACGAAGGGGCUCUGGGGGUGCAACCAGGACAACACGAAGGGGCUCUGGGGGUGCAACCAGGACAACACGCAGGGGCUCUGGGGAUGCAACCAGAACAACACGAAGAGGCUCUGGGGAUGCAACCAGAACAACACGAAGGGGCUCUGGGGGUGCAACCAGGACAACACGAAGGGGCUCUGGGGAUGCAACCAGAACAACACGAAGGGGCUCUGGGGAUGCAACCAGGACUCCUAGAACCCUCACUAGGAAGCCAACUGAGAAGACUGAAACCAGUGCUGCGGAGGUAACAAAGGCCCCUACAUCUGUUGUCUGCAGAGCUUCUAGUAUGGUGUUGGAGCUGCCUAAGGAACCUCUAAAACGUGUCCUGUUUCUAGAUAAAUCCAACCAGUGGGUAGCUGUCAUUGAUGCUCCUGAGUACUGCAACUACACCUUGUCUCAGGGAAUCGGAAGGAACUUCUUCAUAACACCCUACACAGCCUGUGAUGUCAGGAUACUGAAUAAAAACUAUGUUUUGAAGCUAUGGUAUCUGACAACUGGUGGAGAAAAAGGGUAUGUGCUGAUGAAAUGUCCCACCAGUGCUGGAGAACCAACAGAGGCCCCUACACCUACAACCACCACUAGGAAGCCAACAGAACCAGUGCCUAUUGCAACUACUAUCUGCAGAGCCUCUACCAUGAUGGUGGUGCUCCCUCCGGGACCCCUGGAAGAAGUCUUAGUAAUAGAUCAAUCCAAUAAUCUGGUUCCUGUCAAUGAUGCCCCCAAGUACUGCAACUAUAGUCUGGUAGAGGGUGAAGGAAGGAACAUCUUCAUAACCCCCUACACAACCUGUGAUGUUAAAAUAUUGAAUAAUUCUUAUGUCCUGACCCUACACUAUACCACCACUGAGGGGGUGUUUGGCUAUGUGGGCAUGAAAUGUCCAACCAGCGCAGCCCUACCAACAAUAUCGCCACUCCCUCCCUUUGGGGUGUCUGUCAUCUGCAGUGAUACUUGCAUGACAGUGGAGCUUCCUGGGGGACUUCUAGAAGAUAUCCAAUUAAUGGAUGAAUCCAAUAACUUGGUAGCUGUUGCCAGUGCUCCCAAGACUUGUGGCUACAGUUUGGUGAGAGGGAACGACAAGAACAUCUUGACUGCCCCCUACAAUGCCUGUAAUGUCAAGAUACUGAACAACUUCUAUAUCCUGAGAGUCCUUUACACCACUCUUACUGGGCAGCAUGGAGAUAUACAUGCCAAGUGUCCUGUUCCUGGUCUAGUACCACGUGAGGGUUGCAAGAUACCAAGAAGUCAGCAGGUUGCUUGUGGUCCACCUAAUGCUGAUCCACAACUGUGUGUGGCCAAUGGAUGUUGUGUGGAUGCAACAACUUCCCAGUGUUACUAUCCUUUGGAUGCAUGCACAGCAGAUGGGCAUUUUGUAUUUGCAGUUUACCGCACCUCAACCAAGCCUGAAAUAGAUCCUGGUAGUCUAGUAAUUUCAGGAAACCAAUCCUGUGCCCCUGUAAUCUGUACUCCAGACUUUGCUAUCUUCAAAUUCCCAGUGACUGGCUGUGGGACACAUGUCUUUAUGGUGGCAGAGACUACAAUCUAUCUUGCUGAAGUUCAUGGCAUGGUUCAAGGGACCGGGCAGGUGUAUGGAGAAAUUACCAGAGACAGCUCUUACCGCCUCCAGGUGGAAUGUCGCUAUUCUAAAGGAAGUUUGGCCAGCACUGGUUACUUGGUGGUGAACCCACCGCCUCCAUCAGCCACCUUGGCUUUUGGCUCACUUGGGGUUAGGUUAAGGAUUGCCACAGAUGCCAGCUACACAACUUUCCACCCACUGUCCCAUCUGCCCCUGAGCUUGCUUGGAAGCAAGGUGUAUCUGGAAGUGCAUCUUAUGAACCCUCCUGACCCCAAUGUAGUUCUGCUGGUCCACUACUGCAUCGCCUAUCCCCAGUCCUCUCAAGCUGCCUGGGUGAUCCUCUAUGAAGGUUGUCCAAACAUCCUGGAUUACAGCAGUGCUGCUGGCCUCCAUGUCGAAUACGAUAACAUGCCUGUAUCCAAGCACACUCGACGCUUUGAAAUACAAAGCUUCCAGUUCCUGGACUACAAGACCAAGCAGCAUUUGGAUGAGGAUAUCUAUUUUAUGUGUUCAACUGAAGUGUGUUCCCCAAAACGCAGUGUUUGUAAUGAAGGAUGCUUUGAUGGGAGAGAUAUGCCUGUUCCAGUAGAUCUUGGUGUGGGAGGGCGCUGUGCAGGAAAGCCUUGUCCUGGGAAUGUAGUCAAGCGAGCUGCUCAUGGUGAAGGAACCUUCAUUUUGGAUGAGAAUGUGCCUCAUGAACAAACGGAGAAGCACUGGACGCACUUCCAUGGUCUCCUGGGGCUGCUUGGUUUGCUGGUCCCGGUAUCUGUUGUAAUACUCUUCCUCAAGAAAUGGGUUGUCUGGAAAUUGUCAGAUCCUGGAGUAGCAGUCUAACUUGAAUAAACAUAACUUGUUUGAAA